AUGUUCCACCGGCGAUGCGGCCACCGUGUCACCCUCAGCAACAACAAUUGCACCGCCACGCGCAAUUUCUCCGAGUACAAUUAUGGUCUGGUGUUCAGCGCCGAGCCGCUCCAGGAUGACGAGCUGUUCGAAGUCACCAUCGACAAGAAGAUGAUAUCAUGGAGUGGCAGUAUAGAAAUUGGAGUGACAGAAUGCGAUCCGGAGACAUUGGAAAUUCCAUCCUGUGCCAUAAAUCUUCGCCAUGGAUCUUGGAUUAUGACUGGUUGUGGCAUAGUUCACGAUGGAGAUCGAAUUGUCGAUGUGUAUGGAACGGAUCUUAAUGAUCUGGAGGAGGGAAAUACUGUAGGAGUGAUGCGAACAUCUAAUCACGAGCUGGUAUUUUACGUCAAUGGUGUUUCGCAAGGCGUUGCUGUGAGCAACAUUCCGGAGCAUAUUUUUGCUGUUGUAGAUAUGUAUGGCGAUUGUGUACAAGUCAAUAUAACUCAUCCCAGACUUGUCACUUUAUCUAAUAUGCCGAAAGAUGAAGUUGAGAUUAAUAACGAUUAUGUUAUGGGGGAAACCUCUAGUUCCUCGACAACAAAUCUAGUCGCUAACUUAAAUGUUAAUUUAAAUGUCAAUGUAAAUGUUAAUUUACCGAAAAAUCCCACUCCUGCCGCAAUAAGGGAAGACAGAUUGAAGUUUCACGAAAGAGUCGGAACGCUGGUAAAGCUGUCCAAUAAUGCCAGGACUGCCGAGAGGCGGAGACCGCUCGAUGAAUUUAAUAAUGGUGUCGUGAUGACACAUAGGCCGUUACGAGAUAAUGAACUAUUCGAAAUACGAAUAGAUAGGCUAGUUUACAAAUGGUCAGGAAGCAUAGAAGUUGGUGUUACAACUCAUAGUCCUACAGCGCUAGAAUUUCCAGCAACAAUGACCAAUAUGCGUUCUGGCACGACUAUGAUGUCUGGCUGUGGUAUUUUAACGAACGGCAAAGGCACACAACGGGAAUACGGAGAGUUCAAUUUGGAUGAAUUGAGAGAAGGAGACCGUGUGGGAAUGAUUAGGCAGAGUAAUGGAGACCUUCAUUAUUUAAUAAAUGGUCUGGACCAAGGUAUCGCUGCUAAAAUACCAACAGGUGUAUGGGGUGUAAUAGAUCUUUAUGGAAUGACCGUAAAAGUAACCAUUGUCGAUCGUGACGAAAGGGAAGAGCAAAAUCUAGUUACAAGGAGAAACACAUUGCAGCUACAGGGUCUGGAAAGUGAAGAAGUUGGAGAAGAGGAAUUACCCGACAGACUAAUGUUUCAUCCUUGUUGUGGCACACAUGCCGAUGUAAUCAAUAACGGACGUACAGCACAUAGACCUAAUGCCAUAGAUGAUUUCAAUAACGGAGUGGUAUUAACUUCGAGACCAUUGAAACCUAAUGAAUUAUUUGAAGUCAGAUUAGAUAAAAUCGUCACGAAAUGGGCCGGUUCUAUCGAGAUAGGAGUUACCACGCAUUCCCCAACAGAGUUGGAAUUUCCUUUUACCAUGACAAAUGUUAGAUCCGGCACAUGGAUGAUGACAGGCAACGGCGUGAUGCAUAACGGCACCACGAUGAUAGAUCAAUAUGGUCAAAAUCUGGACCGUCUGCAGAUCGGUGAUCGCGUGGGCGUGAUGAGAAAGGAUAAUUCGACGCUACACUUUUACGUGAAUGGCGCAGACCAGGGUGUGGCCGCGAUGAAUGUGCCCGACAGAGUCUACGGAGUGAUUGAUCUUUACGGGCAGGCCGCCCAAGCUACCAUAGUUGAUAAUGUAGACUUUUACAGUCCCACCACGAACAAUUCCAGUUUUAGCAAUACGACGUUGUACAGCGAUCUAAGGUUUCAUCAUGUACAUGGUAAAAAUGCGAGGAUCACGAAUAAUGGUUUAACAGCGUCCAGACCGCGAGCUCUGGGUGAAUUCAACGAAGCUAUUGUAAUUGCGAAUCGCGCGUUACGCGAUGGUGAAAUGUUCGAAGUGACGAUAGAUAAAAUGGUUGCUAGAUGGUCUGGUGCUAUAGAAGCAGGUGUUACUGUGAUAAGGCCCGAUGAAUUGGAAUUCCCAUCUACAAUGACGGAUAUCGAUCACGACACGUGGAUGCUCUCAGGAUCGACGGUGAUGCGCGACGGAGUUACGUUGCGCAAUAAUUACUCUUGCGAUUUAGAUAAAUUAGUGGAAGGCAAUCGAAUCGGAAUGAUGCGGUGCUCGGACUCUUCCUUACAUUAUUUUUUGGAUGGAGUAGAUCAAGGUUCCGCUUGUACGGGAUUACCAGUGAACGUUUAUCCAGUAAUAGAUCUAUAUGGACAAUGCGCACAGGUAACGAUUGUAUUGCCUGAGCGCAGAGAUCCGUUGACACAACAAUAUUUACCCUCUGAAAACAGUAUCAGUCAACAACCGACUUCGGUGAUCCAACCUCAGGCGCAGACAGAGAUUUUGCACAAGUUUCACGAAUCGGUCGGGCUGAAUAUACAACUGAAUAGCGAUAGAACCGUGGCGACCAGAUGCAGAGAGUACAAUAACGCCGUGCUGUUGAGCGACGCGCCGCUGGAAAAUAAUGAAUUGUUCGAAAUCGCGAUUCAAGAAGUAGCGCGUGAGUGGAGCGGUUGUCUAAGAGUGGGUGUCUUGAGUAACGAGACAGGGAACUGGUUGACAUCGAUGAACCUUGUGCCUGGAAUGACGUCCAUACCUAGUGAUGCUUGGUAUCUAACCGGUAACGAGGUGAGGCACAUGGGUUUCGCGCUCACCUCGAAUUACUGCACGAGUCUGGAUUGGUUACGGGUACACGAUAAAAUCGGCGUGAAACGUACACCUGAGGGUAACCUUAAGUUCUACAUGAAUGGCGAGGAUGUGGGCGUGGCGGCGUCUGACGUACCGGAGAUGGUGUAUGCAGUGAUCGAGCUAUUUGGCAGCACCGUGGCCGUGAACAUCACCAGCAGCAAGCAGCAAAAUCCCGUGAUAUCUCCCAACGCCAGUCUGAGGCUGCAAGAUUCGUUGGAACUUUUGCUGGACCCGAUGCCACCGAGAAAUGACGCGGGAAUGGACACCUCCAUCGACGUGUCCGAGGGAAAAUUAAUGAACGAGGCGACGCUUACCCCAACUCAACCCGCUAUCGCCAACGUGACUGUCGGUGACGGGGAUUGGAGCUACGAGUUCCACGAGAAUCACGGCAGGAAUAUACAGCUGGAGACCAAGACGAUCGCCAAACGAGUAGCCAGUUAUAAUCAGGGUGUAGUGAUGUCCAGCCGGCCGUUAAUAAAAGGCAAGCCGUUCCAAGUCAAGAUAGAGAAGCUGAACGAACGUUGGGUGUCGAAUAUUCUCUGCGGCGUUUCCUGCAUAUCGCCGGAAAAGCAGACGAGCUUCCCGUUGACGGCGCUCGGUUUCAAGAGACACUCUUGGAUCAUUUGCAGCGAUUGGAUAUUUCACAACGGCAUGAGGGUAAAAACAAAGUACGGCGCCGGUUUGGAAAAUCUUCAGUGUAACUCUGUCGUAGGUCUACUGAUCGAUGAAGACAAUCGAUUGCAUUUAUUCAUCAACGGCAUUGAUCAGGGGGUGGCCGCUACCGAUCUGCCGCCCUACGUCUUCGCCGUGAUCGAUCUGUACGGUCAGUGCGAGCAAGUGUCCCUCGCAGGCGUCAACGAGGAGUCUACCUACACGAACGUCGCUAUCGACAAUGCACUCGUGGCUCCUAUCGAGUGCACAAACGUGGAGGCGGAAGAUGUAGAGAAUUCGCGCGAGAAAGCAGAUCUAGAACGUCACGAGAAAGAAAAUGCGAUGGCGACUACCUCUUCGGAUCUCUCGCCGUCUUCGACGUCCCCGAGCGUACCAAGUCAAUGCGGCUCGAGUACCAGGGACGGCAACCUCGAAGCUGAAUAUUCGUCUUUCGACAGCGCGAAUCUGGCGAACAAUAGCGUAGUAAAUAAAACUGUAUCGAGCGCCGACAGUAAUAAUUCGGACUCGUGUUCGGAGUUGAGUAAUGAUGCCCGGAGCGCCAAGAAUAGGGUGUAUCUCGAUAAUGCGGGGCAGCAAACGCCAUUGAACAAUCAGCCUGAAAACAACUCGAACGAGUCUAAUCUCGACUCGGCGGGGAAUCGCGCUCUUGUAAGCGUCUUGAGUAUCAGAAACGAGUGUACAAAUGUUGAAAUAAACAACGCGACUAAUAUUAAUAUACAGAAAGGUAUGGUCGCGAGUGCCAGUAACAUGAGUAGCCUGAACGCGGCGAUCACGGCGACGAAUGCCAAUAAUGCGAUUAAUGAGAGCAUAGCGUCCAAUAGUCAGGUUGUCAAUAGUAGCACGCAGCAGAACAAUCUGUCGGAUCUUCCCAACAACGUUUGUUCGGGCUUUCACGAACCGCGCUCCUACGCAAGUCGAGACAAUAUUGCGUUGAUCCGCGACAACUCGAUCUUCAACGGGAAUAUACUUCCGAGCCAGAACCCGAUGAUUCAUCAAACGCGAGACGCCUCGAUACCGCUGAUGCCGUCGUUACCGUCCACUCCACUUGGCUCUACUGUCGUUGCAUCCUCGAGGAAGUGCGACUAUCUGAAGGCGUGUAUGCAGCUAAAAAAGUCGCUUGUUUUGCCGGAUGAAUUUUUCUCCACCGAUGAGAUAUUGUGCUACUGUAGCGCGUGUUACAAGGUGGACGGUGAUAACACGAUCUGCAAGAAGGGUGAACCACCAGCAGAGUUCGCGAUACCGGUUGGCUGGGCUAGGUUCCCGUUGAAGCAAAGCAUUAACGCCAAUCAGAUCCCACAGAGUACGACAGACAAGUGGCACGUUGCGUUCUACGGCAUACGACUAGAUGCGAUAAGAUUGAUCCUAGAUAGAGGAGAGCUUAUGACCAAAGAGCAAUUAGACGUAAGCAACCUGACAGCGGGUAUAAAAAGUGAAGAUCAGAACUUGCAGGUAUCGUUCUCGCCCAGUAUCAAAUGCGCUGCGUCCGACGAAUUUACUAGAAAAUAUCCGUAUAUCGAUAUGCAAUCCAAUAAAAAAUUGAACGUAUCAACUGCGUUCCAAUUACUGGUAAGACCAGGCUCGUAUACGAUUAGUCCCGGCGACAAGGACAGCACCGAUUUGCACUGCGAAUCCAGCAAAUGGGCCACCAAAGAAGCCGGAGCCACAGUGAUCGUUGCCCUGCUCGUUCAUUUAGAUGGAUUCUAAUUCGUGUCUGUCUCGAAAGUGUUUUCAUGGACUUAAGUAUCAUUACAUCGAUUUGCAUCGAGCAACAGACCGUGAGUGAUUGUACAUAUGUACAAUGUGCCGACUAUGUUGAGAGACAGUCUUGUGAUUGAUAUUUCAAUUCCGUCGAAAUCGCAUCGUAUAUUUAUGUUAGACACCGCGUAAGUUUUCCUCGUGCAGCCAUUUAAGAAUUGUGUCAUCAUGAUUCGUAUAAUAGAGAUUAAUCGAAGCUUUAGAGCAUUUCCUUUAAUGUUGUAACGUUUAUUAUGUACAGUACAGAUAAUUGUGUAAUA